GUUUCAAUUGUUACCAUCCAUCGCCUGCGGCCCUUGAGUGGCCAUCGAGUGGCACGAUGGCGCCACCACACCCUUCAUCAUCAUCACCAUCGCCAUCGCAGCAGCAGCAGCAGCAGCAGUCUGCCUUUUCGAGCGGCGUCCGUCUCAAGAAGAGGGAUGCACCGUCCACUCCACGACGAGAGAUCGACGCCCUCGAGUUGCAGGCAGUGCAGAGCACAGCGUCCCACGAUGAGGCAGACGACAAUCAACGUCGCCCACCUUCGCCACCUCCGCGCGGGUCCAGUCUGUUGGAGCGACUAGUAAAGGAGGAUAGGGGGGCGAGAGCCACCAAUGCACCACAAUCACAGCCUCCCAUGCCGAGUGCUGCGAGGACACGAACUCGCGAGCUAGACGUCCUUCCAGAAGCAGACACGCCGCCAACGUCGCCACCCAAUGAGCAACAGAGGCAUGGCUCCGCCUUGGGGACAAGCCAGCGCCCUGCUUAUAGGAAGCAGCCAUCAGUCAAGGGUCCAGGUGACGAGACAGUGGUACGCGCAGCAACCAGCAAACCACCUUCACCCACGCGGCAACGCUCUCACCAGCAGUCAAGGGACGACGAAAGCUUCUUGGGCUCCAUGAUGAGACGAGCACGAUCCAACACCGCAUCCAGUCUGCGGCCAGCAUCCCGCACCCAGGAUCACUACGACGAGGAUGAAGCAGGCAGGCUCGCUCUGGAAGAGCAACACCACGAUGAAGAAAGUGAUCACCACGACGACGGCGUCGUAGACUAUCUCGACGUCGUAGAUCCGGAAGUUGGUGUCAUCAAUCACAUGUCCAACAUCCAAUCUUCCAUCUUCCUACCCAGCCUGUCCAGUCUCUACGAUAAACGCAUCACCCAUCAGCUUCCUCAACUCGGUCGACGUACCAGCCGCGCCAGUGCAGCGGGCACCAGUGGUGCUACGGCAAUGGAGGAAGGCAGAGCGGUGAGCCCGACAGCGGGCAGAAGAGGAUCUGUGCCAGGAGGAACUGCAGCAGUUGAGGCUGCUCCUACGCUCACAAAGCCACCGUCGAUGAUGAGGCGGGCGUCAGAUGCUGCCAUGAGCAUCUACAAGCGCAAGCCAGCACAAGCUCCUCAGCACAUUGAGCCGUGGGAGGACAUGGACGAGUACCAGAGGCACGAGCUGGAUCGGCAUGUUGAGCAUCUCCUCAGUCGACCGCAGAAGUUCCGUCGAGGUUGGAGGGGUUUCUUGAUAUGGGCCAGGACGCCCAUUGGCUUCAUCAUGCUCUGCUACGGCUUAGCCAUUACGGGAUGGGGCAUUGCCAUCUGUCUAUUCAUCUUCCACUGGUCUACCGUAACAGACCCUCAUGAGCGCCGCCUCUGGAUUGAGUACUGCGAUCAGGUAUUAUGCGCCCUCUUUGCCGCAGUCGGUCUUGGCUUUGCUCCCUUCAGAGCCGUCGACACAUAUCGUAUGAUCCACAUCGCACACUAUCACCACCUCAGCUGGAGACGACGGCGCCAAUUCAAUCUGCCAGAGCUCAACGACCCCAAUGACUUGCCUCGACCAAAGGGCUAUAACGAGGCUUUCCCCAAGCCAGAGGAGAGAGUGAUGCACCUCAUCGCCGAGGAGGAUGAUCAUCAUCACGAGCACAAUGCGGGGCGAGACCGUGGUGGAAGCUCGUCAUCCUCGACGAAUACGACGGACAGCUCCUGUGUCCCACCUCCUCGACCUGCAUCUGCCUCACCAACGAAGCGCUUUGCGCCGCCCGCCGCCAAUCUUCCACAAGCCAUCAGCAACGCCAAAGCCGUCGACUCGCAGACAAAGAGGCGGUGGUGGCGUCCCUGGACGACUCAGAGGGAGAAAGAGGAGCGACAACACGCAAUUGAGGCUGCAGCCAAGGCCGUAGAGGAGGCGCCGCCUGUUAGCGAUGCCUUGCGACGCCUGCACAGCAAGAACCAAGGCCAAAACGGCGGCGCUGCCGCCGCUACUACGCGACCUGGCACGUUGGAGCGCAACGCCUCGAUCAUGUCUGAGAUCGUCAAGGAGAAGGAAGAAGUCGUCGUCCUUACUCCCGAGGAGCAAGCCAAGCUGUCCCAUCAUCAGCGCAAAUUCCACAAGUCACACGGCUACUACCGCUUCCACCAGACGGCGACGCAUCGCGCCUUUCCCCUCAACUUGAUGAUUGUCAUCGUCUGUCUGCUGGACUGCCACUCCCUCCUCCAAGGGUUUCUAGGUGGGGUGACGUGGGGAAUCAGGUACGAGCAUCGCCCGACUGCUCUGACGGCCAGCUUGAUCUCGUGCUCGCUCAGUUGCAAUGCCGUUGCGGGAUUGAUCAUCUACCUCGGUGGGAGGAGGACCAAGAAGCGCGAAGAGGUCGAGAGGAGGCUCAGGAUUGCAAUGGAGGAGGAGGCGUACAAGCGGAUACAGGAUGGAGUGCCAUUGCCUCACGAUCACAGCAGGAAUCAAGGUGGCCCGCACGUCAACCCCUUGUACAAGUCAGCGGCGCCGGCGCCGACAGCGCUACAGCAGGAUCGAUCACGUCCUAGCCCCAUCAUGGAAGAAGCGACUCCCUCGGUGACGGACAAUUCCUCCUUCUCGAGACCAGGGUCGUCGAGAUUUCAGACGACGCCAGCUACGACGCCUGCCAUGGGGUCAGAUACCAAGUUGCGUGCCUUUACGUAGUAAGGUAGGAGGCGCGCGCGCAUGUACACUGUGUACUAUAUGGACUGUCAGGAACUGCUGCACGAUGAUGACAUGACUAUUGCGAGCGACUAGCCGUAGCGCGACGUGGGAGUGAGCGGAAGUAGAGGUUGAGCGAGCAGGCGGUCAAGGCGGCGCGAAAGUGGUGCCCGUGUGUUGACCCACGCUUCGCAUUCUCCUUCACAAACAACAAGACUCAACAACAUCUUGGCACACGCCUUUCCGAUUGUCCUUCCU